GGAAGCUUUGGGCGUUGUCGUUACGUAGUGAGUUAGCCGCCUUCACUGACCUGAAUAUCUGUGGCUGAGGAGGACUCUACCGACUUCUUUUAAUAACAUGGACUUUAGGACGACAAUGCCUAAUUUUUGUGCUCAUCUUCAACGGACAGGCCUUCGUCUUGAAGGCAGUUAUACGGCAAAUGUGAUGGUCUGCUGAAUUGCGACGCGAGGAUGGACUCGUUUAGCAGCCUAAUGGACAGUAUCGAUAAGUUAUCAAUUAAAAUCUGGACUGAGUGGCCUCUUUAUGUAAUUUCGGGAUUUUAUUGUCUCAGUUCCCCCCGCCUGCUUCUGUAUUGGUUGACUGGAUCUGGAUCACUCUUGACUUCGACGUAACAUCAACAUUACCGAGAGACAACAGUAGUACUUCUCGAGCGAGGAAGUGAAGCCGUGUCAGGCUAGCUGAACUCGAUAAAGACAAGACCGGAGGUGGGGUGAUUUUGCCCUAAUAAUAAAUGCGCUACAUAUAUUAGUUUUGACUUUGAAUAAAGACGUUUGGGGCUGGACAGAGCAGUAAAAGGAACGUACAAAAGGACAGCCGACUCUUUAAAAAUAGUAACAGAGUAUUGCGUUUUUAUUAUUACCUGGUUACACAGCGCUGUCUAUACCUGGCCGUUCGUUUUAUUUUGGAAGCUGCAAGCGGAAAUAGUUUUUAGUUUUGCUCUUUUUUAUGCCUGGGAGGAAGGGGGAUGUGGCCAGGAUGUAUUUAUGCUGCUGUUCAAGAUAUGAAAACCAUUGAAUCGGCGCUGCUUCGGGAGCUCUGCUUCACCACCGGGCACAGCGGGGGUAACGACAGUGCUGUCUGCCGUCAACGUGGUCCUUGUUGGUGGUCGAAAACAGCGCACGCGACCAAGGCUUCUCUGCUGGAUUCGUCUAAACUGGACCAUUUCCAUGAAGGCUUCUCAACCUCACGCCCAAACAAUUUGUUGAAUUUGUGUGCAGGGCUGUAUUCUGCGCUUAUGUAAUACUAGUAUGUGAAUCAAUACAGUCACACUGAUAUUUUUUAUAAUUCAUUUAUUUCUUCAAUUUUCGACAAAAGGAUGUGCUCGUUUUCCUCUUUUUUAUUUUUGCAAAUGUCAACAACUCAGCAUUAAGUGGUGAUGGAGUCCUCGCUAGCUCUCGGUAGACUGGAACUGACCCCCAGCUCAGCCGCUGUCGGGGUCAGCCUGACCCCGCGACUCUCCGGCAGCCCCCCCGCGAAAGAGAAGAGCGGACAGCGGCCUCUGGGGCCGCAAGGCCAGGCUCAUCUGAACGGCUGCAUCCCGCUGUCACAUCAGGUGGCGGGUCAUAAGUAUGGAGUGGAUAAAGUGGGUAUUUUGCAGCAUCCAGAUGGAACAGUCCUGAAGCAGCUUCAGCCUCCACCAAGAGGUCCACGAGAGAAGCAGUUUUACAGCAUGGUGUAUGCAGAGGACUGCUGUGAUCCAUGUCUCUUGGAGCUCCACAACCACCUUCCCAAGUACUACGGCACCUGGUCCUCUCCUGACAGCCCCAGUGACCUUUACCUGAAGUUGGAGGAUGUGACUCGUCGCUUCGUCAAGCCGUGCAUCAUGGAUGUGAAGCUGGGCCAGCGGAGCUACGAUCCGUUCGCCUCACAGGAGAAGCGGGAACAGCAGAUCAGAAAAUACCCACUGAUGGAGGAGAUCGGCUUCCUUGUCCUCGGCAUGAGGGUAUAUAAGGUGUGCAGUGACACUUUUGACUCCUACGACCAGCACUAUGGAAGGGGACUGGUUAAGGAUACUAUUAAAGAUGGCCUGGCAAAAUUCUUCCAUAAUGGUGUUUGUCUGAGAAAGGAUGCAGUGUCAGCCAGCAUCCACAGGGUGCAGCAAAUCCUCCGCUGGUUUGAGUCUCAGCACCAGCUGGCCUUCUACGCCAGCUCCCUUCUCUUCGUCUACGAGGGUCUCCCUUCCUCAUCCUCCUCAUCUUCCCUUUCUUCUCUUCUCAGUGCCCCGUCAAUCAGCCCGACUUUGGUGAAAACUGCCACAUUUUCAUCUGUGGGUGACAGCUGUCAGAGGGGAGAGGGGAAAGCAAGACAGGAAGGGGCGGGGCAGAAAGAAGAGGUGGCAGAGUACUACAACAACAACAACAACAUUCAGGUGGUGGUGCCCUGGGACUACAGCCUGUCCACCAUUUACACAAACCAAAGGAAGCAUGGCCACCACCACUGUGCCAAGGGUCAUCUUCAUGGCAACAGUGGAGCCGGUGAGGCUGUGGACACGACAGUGAGCUCAGUUCCUGGAGAUAAGAACUCAGUAUUGUGUCAAGAAGACAACUCCGCAUGGAAACGAACAGGUGAGUCACAGCAACCACCAAACGGAAACGGAAACAAAUCACAACUGGAAAAGAAGGUUGAGGAAGGAGAGAGGGAGGACAGGAGGAGACAAGAGGAGGGUGAGCUGAAAGGACGAGGAGAUGAUGCAACAGAGGGGAGUGGAAGAGAAACAGAGGUGGAGGUCAGGAUGAUCGACUUUGCCCAUGUUUUCCCAAGCGACAGCCAUGAUCACGGCUACAUCUACGGCCUCAAACACCUGCUGACGGUGCUGGAGCAGAUCCUCUGUGACGCUGCCUAGAGCUCUAGAGCUCUCACUCCUGCCUGCCCUCUCUGAAACCCCUGACCUGCUCAAAGUGAACCACUAUCUCCUCCCUGUCAACCCUCCUUCUUCCUUCUCAAAAGACAGAAGCCCUCAGAGGAGAAAGGGAAGAAUCAAAGAAGUGAAUAUUAAAACUGAACCAUCAUCGUCAUCAUCAUCAUCUCACCUGAUUGCGAUGGUCCGUCAGUCCUGUGUGUGUCUGUGUUUGUGCUUGUGUGUGUCUGUCUUUGUGAGCAGAGUGGAGAUGAUAGAGGCUGACCGCUGUUUUCCCUGUGAUCAGCAGCACCACAUUCACUAAUCAGUCAAUGAAGGCAUUACGACCUAGUACUUAAAACACAGCAUCUUCAGCUGCAUGAUUUACUGAUGCUCAGACAAGCCCCACGUCACCUGACUUGAACUUUAGUCCAUUUAGAAUGCAUUCAAAUUGUAUCCAUUUAAAAUUGUAUAUCACUACAUCUGAAACUAGGGGUAGGCAAUAUGACAGUGACACGAAUGGAAUUUGUCAACUGCCAGAGAUUGUUCUGUACCGUUUAUACCAUAAAUUAUCUGUCCCUUUAAUAUCUCUGGUUGUAUUAGACCAGUGUGGAGAAUACGACAGAUUAAUGAGCAGCAGUUUUAUGGCAAUAUUGGGUUUACAAGUAUUUUACAAUAAUGUAAAUCAAGUACUUAGAUUUUUAUUUUGAUAAAACAAUCCCAGCUCAAGGUUUUUCCACAGCUUUCAAUUGCAUCAAACAUUUUCUAAUCAGCUAAUGGAAUUUUCCAAGUUGUCAUGGCAAUGGACCUGUUGACGUGCAGGCUUAGUAGCAGUAAUAAUUUCAUCCAUAGCCGUUCAAUGCUUCCAUCCAAGCAACACCAUGUAACUUUUGCUGAGAAGUGGCAACAGCGCCCUCUAUAGACACAAGUGGUAAUUACAGCACACUUUCACAUUAAAUUCUGUUGGUUUCCGAGUCUGAGCGGUUAAGGGUACUGGAAGCAGUGUUUCCCUAGAAGCUAGCAGCUCAUAAACAGAAAACAAAGCCUAUUAAUUGCUCAGGCAACAAACACAUAAACAUCAUCUCAGUAAAAACCAGCAAUCAUGCUGUCCACUCGCAUCAAGUUAGCAUUCAGCUAAUCUGAUGGACCGAAAACAUCUGAACCCACAGGAGUUGUGUGCUAAAAUGUAGAUGCUAGGAGCCAGUCUUUUCGCCUCUUCCAUGAUGUCCGUAAUGAGAAUACCGAGCUAGCAAAUUCUUAUAGCUAGCCGAAGACACACAGUUGGUGGUGUGUGACGUGGUGCCGUAAGUGUUAUGCGCUUCUCAAGGGAGGCCGUACCCACUCAAACCAAGUAGCAAUGCAAGAACAGGCGUUUGGGAUGCAGAGUGGGAAUGAGAGAGGCACCAUUCUCCCUAUGACAUCGAUGAAAUUUGCCCGGUUGUCAUGGAAAUACAGUUGAUCUGUCGACAUGUGGGCUCAGUAGCUGUUAUGAUUUCAUCAACAGCACUUCUAACAACUCUAGAUCAGGAUUUGGUUUGAUCCACGGGUUUUAACACUUAUAUGCUCAAGAUUGAAUUUUCCUUUUCUAGGUGAUUUCAGUCCUACUGAAAUCAUGUGAAGCAGUCAGAAAAAGUUAGUGCAUUUGGUUAAGAUAAGGCGUUCUAUUGGACAAUGCAGUCUGCCUAGAAAACUACCAAAACUACAGUAACUGUUAGACGUAGCAUAGUUAAACUUCUUUCUGCUACAGCACUCAAAACAUUUUCUUUUAUUCGCAUCCAGGUAUAGUGGUUAACUGGAUUUGGUUCAUUUAGGUUUACAGUACACUGUCAAAUUACACACAAACCAGGGCUGGGAAACAGACAUCCCUUCAUUGUUCUCAGUGGAAACCAAUAAACAAACAACAAGCAGUUGAACAGUUAAAUUAGUGUUCAGAAUGGCGUCUUGAGGGUUAGCUGACGUGGAUUUGCUGUAAGUUUGUGAGCAUCUGGUAAAACAAAAAGUCUGGAGAAUGUUGAGGUUUAAGUCAGGUUGUCAUUUUGUGUUUUUUGUUUAAAUCACUGUCUACAGGUAUAUAACUCAGGUAAAUUUACUGUAAGAAAAAAUGUUUAAUAUUACUACUAUUGACCAACAAGAUGAUCCUCAUGCUGUCUGGUUGUUCAGCUCUAAAUGAUUGUUUUAUAUAGUCUUAUCUUAUCUCAUGAUUGACCUUAUCUCAUAAAUGUUGACCUUGAGUCAUGUGUUUGAUCUCUUAAUCUUACAAUGAUCUUACUUGCAUUGUAUUUUCUUUUACCAUGGCUAUUUUAAUUGUUGUACAUGUUCAGCUGCCAAAUCACCUCUUCUUUAUGAAGUCUGUGCUAUUUGCUGUGCUAUUUGCUCUGGACUUCAGUGCCAUUGGUCUAGCAUUAACCAUGAGUUACUUAGUGAUUUAAACUUAUUGUAAUGUAAUGAAAUGAUUUAGAACCAGGCACCAAUUGGAAGAUCAACCAUUCCCUUCCCAAAUUCUGGAGAGAUGAUGAUUAGGAUGUGUUUUGGGGUUUGACAGAAAGAACAUGUUAUACUGUAUGACAUGAUGUGCUGUGAUUGGUUAAAGUUGUAUUACCUUAUAUGAUAUAUCUUCCCUAAGGAUUUUAAGAUUGUAGUAAAAAUAUAUUUUAGACAUGCUGCUUCAAGGAGAUUCUACUGAGUCACUGCUAAAGAGAGACAGCAACUGAAUGGUUUUAUGUCUUUUUUUUUUUUUUUUUCGGAGGGUGCGCUUAAUGCAGGUGGGUAGAAAUGUCAGAGUACUGGUUCCUAGUAAAGCAGGAAUCAACACAUCUAAUUUUCCACUAAUUUCAGGUGGAGGCAACAGUUCAAGUGGUUAAUGUCAUAUUUGGUAGGGAUUGAUUGAUAGGGGUUUUUAUGCUGAUAUAUACAGACUGAUGCUGGGGAUAUUCUGUGUACAUUCAUUAUAAUACUCUCAUACCAGGUGUGUUAAAGGUUAAGUGAAACUGUAUUAAGACCAACACUCCGCUGGAAAACAAUGUAAUUCCUUGGUUGCUACAUUUUUUUUGUCUUGUUGAGAGCAGGACAUGGUGUAUUCUGUUGCAAUCAUGACUUAAUUAUCUCCCUUUCUCUAGAAAACAGAUUGAUCUUAGUUUGACAUAGUAAUGUAUAACCAUAUUCCAGAGAUUUCAGCCACAUACCAUGGCCUUCAUUAGUACAGUGUGUUUUGAUUGCUGUUGCAUGCCAUGAGAUGUAACUGAAAGCUCUGGAAAAACCUAGUAGGUAGACUUUAUGAUAAGGGGUUUUUUUUUGUGACCAUCCAAGGUCAAAUUCUGUUAAGUUGUGCAAACAUUCAUUAAUAUUUUUAUCUUGAAUUUGAUAGGUCAUAGUCACAUUGAGGAACGUCCAUGGUGGAACAACCUGGGCAGACUGUAAAGCAGAGAAGCCUAAAACAGAGACAAGGCAGGAUUACCAAUGCAGCCCCAGACUCCCAGGGGCCCCAGGAAGGUUCACUGUCUUGUUUGUAGUAAUUUGAUUAAUUUCUAGUCAAUUUCUAGUCAGCUUUAAUCAUUCGCCACAGGGGAAUUUAGAAAGUCCAAAUAUUUUUUCGUAAUAUGCACCUCUGAAGCACAACAGAAACAGAAAGUUAUAGACUGAAGCUUUGGUGGGGUUUUAAAGAUAACGAGCAGUAAAGAUGUUGAGUAAAUGUACAUCCUCACCUCAGUCUGAUCUACAGUCUGACCUUACGUUCCGGUGUGAUGACAGAAAAUGGAAUAUUAGGUUGCUCAGCUCACUGUCUUUACACACUAGGACAUAUGUAAUAAACUUUUUAGUCAUUUGACAAAGCAGCUUAAGAGAGGGAACUGUGUUUCAAAAGAUGGAAAUAGUUUUACUUUAUCAUCCUUAUAUGCUAAGAAGUUGCCUUUGUGCCACUGUCUGGUCUUAAGGUUUCUGUAUAUGUUAACUGACUCCCCCCUCUGCUCUCUACACUAACCAUGGAGCUGCUUUAAAAUGUAAUGCAUAACCUCAGUGCCCCAGUACGCCACAAACCCACUUUGGUUUUUAACCAGUAAUAUGCACAGGCUUAUUCAACUUGUAAUAUAUGAAUAUAAUGAACCUUAUGAAAACCCUCAUGUUUAUUAAAUUACCUUGAUUAGAUGUAUUAUGGUUUUAAUCUUUUAAGGGAAAUUCUAAGGAGUUAGAGAAAAAAUUAUUUAUUUAUUUUUUUAAUCACUGCCUUCUUUUCUGUUCAUGUCUCCAUGUUGUUUUAAAUAUUGAUUAUUGAUCAUUCUGGCAGCUUUGUGAAUCUCCUCUCUGUGUAUCCAGCCUGUUUGUAUAAUGGCUAACUAACAAAAAGCAUAUUGUGCAUUUGCAUACAGGGCAUUGUUGAUUUAAUUGAUUUAAUCAUUAACUGACUCAGUGAUGCAACUUUUCGACUUUAACUCCCUUCAAUCAGUGUAAAAAUCAACCAAUGUUACUUAGAUGUUUUUUUUCAACAGCACAUGCACUAUGUUCCUUAGAUACACCCAGUGUUCCAAAGAUUACAAGCAUUUUAGUCUCCUGAAAUGGAAGGUGAGCUUGGUUUUCCUUUUAAAGGACCGCAGAAGGGUUUUUACAUGUUGAUCCCACUUAUCGCUUAUCAGUCCGUCUUUACAUCCAAUCGACUGAAGCAAUCCACAUUGUUUUAGAUCACUAAACAUGUUUUUCCAGCCUCCUUUCAGGCAGCCAUUGGUUUCCAUUCCACAUUAUGUCUGCCUUUACUGUUUUACGGUUGACAGUGUUUAGGUGCAGACUGAUGUGACUGUCUGAAUCACUGAAUUAUCAUAAUCGAAUACACAUAUAGUAACAUAACAAAGAUAAAAGCAGACAAGAGGCUCAGUAUGGAGCCAGGGGUUGGCUUCUGGAGUAAUUAUAGGCUUUUACGUUUUUACACUUAUGUACUAAUGAACAAUAAUAAUCAGUUUGUAAUCAUUUUUUUAAAUUGAUCAUUUUACUAGCAGAUUAAUUACAUUUGCAUUUCAAUUGUGCAAUAUAAAACUCAAAGUGAAAAAAAAAUAUGAUUGAAAGAUAAUAGAAUUUAAAGUAAAUUUUCCAUUUAUUAGUUCUGUUACUCUAUUCUGUCUUAAAAUGAUGUAAUAAUUGUUGGACCAUUAGCAGUGCCGUAGCCAUGUAACAUUUCAUUUAAAGUUUUUAUUUGUUGAAACUUAAAAAUGAAAUGAAACGAAACCCCCCGGAUGGCAGAAAGACCUCUGAUUGGGGGGGUGUUAUUUGUCAGCAGAAAUCUGACCAAUCACAGCUGCUGCUCAGGGAGUUGACAUUUAAUUUUUUGGUGGCACGCUGCUCAUAUAUCUGUGACACAGUGAUGACAUGGAAACGGUAAAUGUUACCACAGGAAACAAAUGUAUUGUGGAAUGGAAUACAGUAGUCACAAAAGUAAAUGGAAAAUGUAUUUUUUGAUUCAAUUUUAAUAUAUUUAAUAUAUUUAAUAUAAAUAUAAUUAAUUCAUCAUUUAAGGACAGAAUAAAGAAAUAGAACGAUUAAUUGGCAAUUUUUGAAGUUAUGGUUUUAAUACUUUGAGAUUUCUAUGCAAAUCAACUUAUGAUACAAGAUAAAGGAUACAUUUAUCCAUGUAUUAUAAUUAUACGCUAUAAAGAUCUAUAAUUAUGUCAGUGCACGCUCCAGGCUCACUGUGAUGGAUAAUAUAUCUAAAGUACCUUUCAAGUCUGCAAAUUGAUUUUCAAACCAAAGUGAAAUGGCUGCCUAGAAGGUAGAAGAGGACAAAAUACAGUCGUUAAAUAAAGUAAAUGCAGUUUGUGAUAAAUGGGUUAAAACAUGCAUAAAUACUAGUUUAGUCAUUUAGACCUUUAUUGACAUCUACCCAUAGCCUGUUGGAAUUGCAGCAACACGGACAUGUCAACUGUUGCAAACAGUGGCUGAACUGACCACUUUUAAAUUUAAUAUUUGAAGCCAAACAAAACAAGAGCUGUGCAAAAUGUGGAUGUGGCAUGUUUGGAAGUUAAGGCUGGUGUUACUGUUCAGCAAGUGAAGAGUAUGGAUUUGGACCUGUCUAAUACCGCUCACCUCUAAUGCAUCAGAAUUCUGCAUUAUAAUCUCUGGAUGCACUCUUUACCAAUACUGGAAAUAAAUAUGACACCAUUAUAUUUUAGUCUUCAGGACUAAAUGUGAUACCAAAAGUCAUGUUGUAGAUCAUUUUCUGUUCAUACUGUAUCCUAUCUGUCAUAUCUGUAUGGACCACACUGACUGGGCCGGACUGACUCAUGAAAAUGCAAUGUGAGUGUACUGUAUCAGUCCAACUAUGGCCAGUAGAAAUUCAACCUCUCUGACUUUUCACCACUGAUGAUUAAGAUGCCAAAUGUCUGAUUGAUAUAUGCUCUACUCAUUUGUUUACAUUUCAGCUGCUCUCCUCAUAACCAUAAGGCAGUUAGAGGCCAGAAUAGGAUUAAUAUCCUUUAACUGCAGGAGUGAAACGUUUUCAUUGAUUUUUUAUUUGUCUGUCAUUCACUGCAGCCUGAUGGAACAGCCAGUUUAUGACAUCUGCUUUACAAAUUUCCUUCUCUUGUGAACAAAAUACCUAAUCAGUCGCUCUCCCCUAAAGGACCAUUAAGCUGGUUAAGAUACUUUUUAGACCUGUACAUUACUGCCAGCUAUUUUCAGAGCAUACUGUACAUAGUAUUCUGUAAAAUCUCAUGCAUAUUCAAAGUAAGUUAGCGCAAACUGAAGUGAAAACUCAAAGUUGUGACUGUAAAACUAUAAGUUACUCUAAUUUGGAGGAAGAUAACAGAAUAUGAGAAAACUCAGAGAAAUCUUAAGACAUUAAGGUCAAUCUUCUUGUCUUAUAAUUAUCUUAAACCUUACUGAACUUUUUUCCUUCAAAUAUCAACUUUUCCUUAGUGUCUUCAUUUUUACCGUGUAUGUUCAUAGAUUGAUAUCGUUACUUCAUUUCACUAAAUUUGAAAAAUCUUCUAAGACUUGAAACUUUCUGCAGAAAUGUAAAAAGUGACAUUGUAAAUGAUGAAACAUUCAAAUUCAAAUGUUUUUCACAACAUUAAUAUGUACUUAAGACCUUAUCCCUUUAUCACUAUUAAAACUCCAUCAAGAAGCGAUGCAAAAGAGCAACUACUGUAAAUACUGCAGAAAAAAGUGCGACACACUAAAAUGACGUGAAAUAAGAAGUUGCCGGGAAGGUUUGACAUCAAUCUAAAACCUUAUUGGAUGCUUUGAAAAAUGGAUAGCAGUAAUGUAAAAUCAAAUAAAUGGGGUAAAGUAUGCAAAACCAGCUGGAUGGUUUCUUCAGGGGUCCAGAAAGAAAAAAAGUAAUGGGGUGGUAAUGGGACACUAGUGUCUUCUCAGCCAAUCAGAAUCAUUUGCUUUCAGUGGGAUUUGGAGUAAGCAACUGAAACCAUUUGAAAUCCUUUUAUGUUUUAGCUUUCAGUUUGCAAUGGUGUGUUUAUGUCAUACGGGAACAACCGAGCUCAGACAAUUAAUCAUAUCUUUCACUUCAUUUAUCAGAGAUGUUUACUCAGCUAAGCUGCACUCACCAUUUCAAAGAUGAGAUGAGCUGUAUUUUCAAACCAUCUAUAGUCGUUCCUGUUGGACACAAAUGCAGCAUUAAGGAAAGAAAAAGGUGUCUUGCACUCUUGUUUCUCUAAAAAGCAUUAUGUAAGUAAAGACAACAGUGAUCUCUGGUUCUGAUUAGCUGUGAUAUACCCCAUCCUUUUUCUUCUAGAUGAUGACUUUUGAUCCAAGUGUCUUCAUGCGUAGCCUGAUGGAAACCCUUGAGGUGUUAAUGCACAGUUAGUAUGGUUGACUGUGGAAUACUUUUCUCACGGUGUAAAACAGAAAGAGUUGGAAUGCUUUUGGAAUGCUUGUGGUGUGCUGUCGUCAUAAAACAAAACCUGUUGACGGAUGGAAAGUGGAGCUAGAGCAGUUCAGCUCAGCUUCUCUCCCAGUGUUGGGUUUAUGUGAGUCCUCUGACCAAGAGGUGUCCGAACUGAAUUCCAACACAUGGAGUUAUUGAGGACCUGAAACUGGACUUCCCUGUUGAGCCCUGUCAUGGAAACUGAGCUCUUAAACUCCUCAUUGGGGAUUUUGAGAGUGUGAAUUUUGAUAUACUGGAUUUAACACAUCUUAUAAAUGAGCCUGAAACAGAACAGAAAAUAUCAUCAUUGUACAUAAGGAGAUGAACUCCAACAGUUAAAAUCCCUCUACAACUACAAACCAUUAUAAAUCAUUAUUUUUUCAACAAUAAAAA